GAAACUUUGGAUAUUUUCCAUACCAAGAUCCUGAUGGGGAUGAUUAUUAUGAACCUCAUGGUGAUCAAGAUGACUAUGUCCAAUCUGGGCCUAUGUAUGACAAUCAACCUGAUCCUCUCGUCAAAGAAAUCAUAAGGUUAGAGCAGAAGAUCUUCUAUCUCGACGAGGUUUUAUUCGCUGAAGGCUCCUGGUACGAACCACCUUACUCCCGUGAUGACAGAUUGUUUGCUAAAGAACAAAUUGAAGCAAACAAGGUGGCAAUUCGAGAAAGAGCAAAACUUCUUGAAUCAGUCCGGAAGGAAAAGGAGUUCGAACGGAGAUUAUGCGAAGGAUCAGAAUUGAUGCAGAAAAUGCUGGACGACUUCCAAAGAGAGAGACGAGAAGCCGAAGCUAAAGCUGAUUAAUUAGUCAAUGAUCUCUGUUAAUGAAGUGACGUGAUCCUGGAGGCAGACGGAGGCGAGAUUGUCGGAAUGGAUGUGAUGGUUUUGAAUUAAAGAACAUAAAUAAAUUAUGUUUGUGAUUAUGAUUGUUAAGCUUCCGCAAUAUUGAAAACUCCGUACUGUUUAUAUUAUGAAAAAUAUUAUUGUGAUAAAUAAAAGUGUUUGAAAUGU